CGACGACACACACACACACACACACACACACACACACACACACACACACACACACACACACACACACACACACACACGGGUAAACUCCCUUCCAAUAAAAUACAGGAAAAAAGUUGGUGAUAUGCGCAUGCGCCAAUAAGGUCCUAUGCGAGUCUGGCGAUGUUCGAUUGGUUUGGACUACAGGCAAGAUGGCCGCGGACUGUCAAGCGAAAUAAUUGUCAUACUCUUGUUAUUUUUUGUUAAUACUAGCCAAUAUUUGAAAGUCUCUGGUGGAAAUGGGUUUGUCACAGAGUUCAGACGUUUCCGAGGGAGGAACGUAUGGAUACCACGUGCACGGAGUAAGAAAGAAUCCAGGUUUUGUUGUAUUUGGGACAGCGUGUACAGCAGCUUAUGAUGAAGUGUUCCUGAUGCUAACAGAGCUAAGCUAACUAUCAGCUGCUGCAGACCCACCGUGCAAACCUGAUGAGUUGGCACUGAUUAUCUGCUACUACGAGACGUUUCAGAGCAAAAGAACUGAGUUAUUUAAUUAUUUUUUACUCUUUGAUGAUGGAAGCAAAUUAAUCACAAAGAAAGACUUGUGGAGAGAUUUUAAUUCCACAUGAUCAUUUAUUGGUCACAUACACUUUAACAUCGUAUGCGAGUGCAGUGCUUAGUGACACAUUUUUGGUUCCCUUUUAGACAAAGAAAUUAACUUUUUAUUCAUGUAAAGUGUACUUAAGAUGCAAAAAUAUAGCAACAGUGAAAAUGAUUGAAAUCUUACAGCCCAAACUAAAGGCUGGAAAGAAAGGGCAAAUUGUGUUUAACGAAUAAACAAAGAUAAGACUGCCUCUUCUCCUGUUGUGCAAUGUUAGCUGUGUGAGGGGAAUGUUUAAGUUGUGCCAGUGAAACCUGAAGAGGAGCAUAAACAUGACUAAUAUAAUUUUAUUUGUCAGAAGAUAUAGGAUAUUAGAUGAACACAAGUAGCUUAUACUUAGACCUCCACAACAGUGGUUGUGGAUUACACUCUUUAAUGAUAAGUAAUGGACGAUCACAACACAUUAAUGCUGAAAAGAUAAGUGGAAUGAUUGUAAAUGGAUAGAGUGAUCAUCAUGGUGUGUUGUCAGAGUUUUGUUGUUGUUGAUUUGCUGCUUUGGGAUUUGGAUCAACUUUUUUUUCCCUUAAGGGCUUCCUUACUUGUGUCUCAGAAAAGCUGAAACCCUCACAGCCAAAGAAACUCAUGGGCUGCUGUCAAUAAUAACUGUUAUCUUAUCCCUGAUGAGGUGAUUUUAAGUGGUAUAUUUGUAGUUUUUGACUGGUGAUUUAACUAAGCAGUUUCAAGUUAUCCAACAUUUUCUUUGAAAAGUUAGUUUACCUAGUUCAUGAUUAGACUUAAAAAGUCUGUCAUUUAGAUUUUAUUUAGAAAAGAAAAGUAACUCUGGUUGUGUUGGUUUGACAGGUGCAGCAAAAUUCCCCUGCAGAAAAAGCCGGACUGCAGCCCUUCUUUGACUUCAUCCUGUCUCUGGACAACAAAAGACUGGUGAGAAGUAAAAGUUGGAUAGAAAUAAAAUGUGCAGAGACACAAAAAGUCUCUUCUCACUACUAAAUGGUCAAUGGUGGUGGACGGCUCCUCUCUCUUUGCUGCAGGACAGAAAGGUUCAGAAGAUCUUUUGUACCAACAGCCAUCAGGGUUUAUAACUCUUGUGUAAAUAGUUGGUAACUUUUAGAGACAUAUUAUGUGAGACAACAGACAAUUUAAUUUCUCUUCAGGGAUUGAUAAAGUUCUUCUUAUUUAUUCUUAAAACUCAUUUUCCAAGAUACAGUAUUUACCACUACAUUAUAACUCGGGAACAGGAACAGUGUGAACAGAUACCUGACCUCAGUUUCUCAUUGUCAGGAUUUGGUUUUAGAUUAAAAAUUCUUUGACAGUAGCCAUAUCAACAUUUAAUAAGAAUAUUAAGGAUAAAUGAAAUUCAAUUCUUCUAGUUGUAAUUGUAGGUCUCCAGUAUGACAUUUUUUCAAGGAGAAGUGGACUCACUUUCGCCUCUAAAUCGGGUCAGUCAAAACUAAACUUAUGACAGCUGAAAUGGGCGUUUUUUUCCCCAGAAAUAGAUCGACAUCAUUGAUAUCAAAAAGGCUCAUCUUGUCUGGAUGAACUGUAUAACAGGUAUCUGCUCUGCUUAUCCAGAGGAGCUAACGGUCUGGUGUAUUAUCCUUCCUUUUUGGACCUCUUUUCACCAGAAUGAGGAGAAUGAACAGCUGAAGGAGAUUCUGAAAGCCAACAUGGAGAGAGUGGUGAAGAUGGAGGUGUACAGCACCAAAACUCUGAGGGUUCGUGAACUGGAGGUGAUGCCCAGUAACAUGUGGGGGGGACAGGGCCUGCUGGGGGCCAGUGUUCGCUUCUGCAGCUACCAGGGAGCCAAUGAGAAUGUCUGGCACGUUCUGGUGAGCAUCUCCAUCAAGAACAUGGAGAAUGAAACUGAUUGACCUGAUUCUUACAUAAACUUGAACCUCCAUCUGAGCUCCAGUGCUGUUUUGUCACUCUUUUUUUUCUUUAGGAUGUUGAACCCAGCUCUCCUGCUGCACUGGCAGGACUUCAGCCACACAGUGAUUACAUAGUUGGAGCAGAUCAAGUGAUGCAAGAUGUAAGACUGCAGUUCACUUGACACUCUAAUGCUACUGUUUGACUUUCAUACAAAUUGUCUCUCUUCAGAAAUAUUGAAAAUCUGAGUCUUGGUUAAUCCAGAGCUUCUGAUUUUCAGUCCGAGGACUUCUUCUCGCUGAUAGAGGCUCAUGAAGGGAAGCCCCUGAAGCUGCUGGUGUACAACACACAAACAGACACCUGCAGAGAGGUGGUGGUCACACCAAAUGGAGCGUGGGGCGGAGAGGGCAGGUAUGUGACAACACAGGGACACUUUCACAGACUUACCGGAGAAUUCUUCCUCAUAUUAAUUCAUUGUUCUUGUCUUUGACUGACUAAUUCAAAAGUCAGAUCCUUGCUGAUAAAUUAUUAUCUGUAGUGAAAAGUAUAUUUCAACAAAGAAUUGCAAAGUACAGUUAGUUUGUCUGUUUUUUCAGAUCAUUUGGCAUUAUUUUGUGUUGAGAAAUACUGGAAUAUGAGUAUUGGUGCUUAAAGUGACCUGUAAAAUGUUCACAGUUUGGGUUGUGGUAUUGGUUAUGGCUACCUGCACCGAAUACCAGCACUUCCUGAAGUUCCUGCAGCAACACCCGCCCCUCCAGUUCCUGAGGUGCAACCCUCUCCAAAGCAGCCUGCUCAUGGAUACACGGAGGUAAAUGUUCAUUAACCACUUUUUGUUCUGCAACUUAUGAUUUUUUUUCCAAUCAUAAUAAGUGUACUUAAAAAAAAUUACAUUUAAGAAUCCAAAAAGAGCAAAUGCUUUGCAGGUUGUUCAAACUAUGGGUAACAACAGAUGUUUUUUUUCUUUUUAGGCCCCUUUGUUGGCACCUUCAUAUGAAGAGGCUGAUGUGUUAGACCUGGAUCAGGUCACCCUCCAGGAACCUCCUCUACCUCCACCUGUGCAGAGAGUCAUGGAUCCUGGUCAGUUCAGCUCCCUAAUUCUUCACAAUCCCAGUUUCAGAAAAAGUGGGAACAAUUGUUUUCCAUAAAAAGUGAAUUUGAUGAUUUGAAAAUCAUUCAAAGUCAUAUUUAAUCAAAAAUAGUGCAAAGACAGCAUGUCAGACAUUGAAACUGAUUUUUUAAUUGUAGGUUAAAAAAGCAUUUUAAUUCAUAUAUAUAGAUGCUAAUUUUUUAAUUUGAUACCAGCAAGAUUCAAAAAAGUUGAGACAGGUGUGUUCACUAAUGUUUAGUAACUGAAGAGGGCAGUUUCUGCAGAAAGUGAAAGCUUUGCCAGUCUUUUUACAUGAAGGACUCCAGCCCCUCAACUUACAGGGCCCUGUAUGUUGUCUUUUCAGUGUCAAAAUGGGUCAGAUUUUUUUUCAGUUGUCGCCCAUGUCCAUGCAUCAAAUUUGAAUAAGCUUUCCGUACUGCACAGUAUGGUUUGAACCUGAAUUUGUGGAUGCAGCAACAAAGGGGCAUUGGUUUUUUAAAGUAAUUUUAAGACUGUGCUGAGGUUUACACGACAGAGUCGCCUGUAUUGGUCUUUCAGUGUCGUCUCUUUUGAACAGAAGUUCCUCUAGAUUCUCUGAAUCUGUUAAUGAUGACAUGUUCUGUAGACAGUGACUUUCCCAACUCCUUUGUAAUUGUCUGCUGUGGAAUAUAACACUGAAAUUGUUGAGCUAUAAUGUACUUGUGCGGUCUCUCACAGAGUGGUCAACCUCUUCCCAUGUUUACUAACGUCAUGCAGAUCAGCUGAAGUAGUUGGGAGAUUUUUCUCGAUGUCGUUUUUUGAGUAUUGCACAACUUUUUAAAUGUUUUAACUGUUUUUGAAACGUUUUGCUGGCAUUGAAUUAAAAAUUGCUCUUGUCUUAAUUUUUUCACAAAACAAUACAACCCUUUAGGUUACAAAACUUAAAAUGUUGUCUUUCUAUAGAAAUAAGCAUAAAAGAGAACACUCAAAAAUAAGAGUUAAUAAUGUUCUGCUGUUUUGGUUCAGCUGAAAAAGUAUGAUCCCUGACAUUGUGAGUGUUGACACACAACAGACCUCUUUCUUGCAUGGUUGAUUCUAAACUUCACUUCUAUCCAAGAGGGAGAAAAUUUAGAGAACAGAUGCGUAAAACCUGGGACACAUUGCACAGCUGAGUAGUGCCGCCACACUGAACUGAUGUAGAUCAGGAUGUUUUUAACAGGAAUGUGUCAGAGCUGCUUUUUUCAUUGAGGAAACCUAAAGGAAAUCAUAUGCUUCAGCUGGUUGAUAUGAAUUUAAUUUAUGUGUAGUCAAAGAAAAACCCCUGAGAUUGGAGUGAAAGGUGAAUAUUGCUGCUUCUGAGCAGUUUGUUUCUACUGAGCUUUUUCUUCUGUGAGCCUUGUGGAGCUUGUAGGACACAUGCACUGUUUGCAGAGCUUGUGUGGCUGCUCUGACCCGUUAACCUGGGAGCAUUAAUGAAAGGGAAGAGUUGCAUGUCACACAGGUGCAGCUUGAGUGUGCAGAACUCAGGCUUUGAAAAUAAAUGAAAAAGAAGUGUUUGGAAGAUAAUAAUAAUACCAAAAAAAAAACAAAAAACUUGUCUUGUUUCUGUUUUCAGGUUUCUUAGACUCUGAGGUGGCCGUGAUGAACCCUGACCCUUCAGAACUGAUGGACAGACUGGAUCUGUCAAUGUCCUCCAUCGAUAUGACCAACACUUCCCUGGCUAUGCAUGAGGAGAAGGAGGGAGACAUUUCUGGGAUUGGUGAGUUCAUACCAAUUUUCCUGUAGCUUUCAUUGUAAAAUCAAAAGCAGGGGGACAUAAACUUGGUAUUUCUCGCUGUACAGAGGAGCUGGAGGACAGUGUGCUGGUUUCAUCAACAGCAGAAAACAAGGAAACAGAGCUGAGCUCUCAAGAUGCUGUGGACCUCUCCUCUGGCCUUGCUUUCAAUAAUGCCUUGUCAGAUUCAGGCAUUUCACCAGCUGAAACAUCUGACCUCAGCCCAGAGUCCACAGACCCGUCUGUCUCUCUAGGUGAGACUGAAGAAAGUCUACAUGUGAGUGCAAUGACUCUCCCUGUUGAGUCCCCUGAGGCUUCUGCAGAUGCUUCGGUCACCGCUGCAGACCAACUCGCUCCGUCUCCCGUUGAACUCCUCCAGCCCUCAGCUGUGACCGAGCCCACAGCUGACGACUCUCUCGCUCAGGCCAUCGAGGAAGCAACAGGGCCGGCAGACGUGUCUGCAGAGCCUCAGAACACAGCUCCUGCUCCUCACUGCAGCCAUGAGGGUGAUGAGGAGGAACCAGAGGAGCAGCAUCUUGAGUAAGCUAGGAUCAGGCUGAAUGCACAGUGCAGAGUAAAUCUGACAAUCAGUGGGGCUUUUUUUUUUUAAAGAAACGCUAAAGGGGAAGCAGAGUAAGGGAAAAACUGUCUGACAGUCUAAGAGUCAGAGGCCUGUUUGAUCCUGGUAUUAACACACAUCCUGAGUGAUCCAAUCCGAAGCGGACAGCUUUAAACACGGGUGUGAACACACCAAAGACACAUUAGGGACACAUUUUUAACAGUCUGUACUUGAAUGUGUCCUGGGCCACAGUGAAGGGCUGCCUAAUCCCAUCCCACUUACCUGGCAUCCUGACUUUUUUUAAUGUCUUGAGGCACUAUUGCGUUGCCUUAUUAGACAGUCUUUUAAGAAAGUAGAGUAUGCUUUAGGUGGGAUGUGCAUGAAAAUAUGAGAAACAUCACAUUCCAGUUGCCUGAUAAUUUUAAGAUAGUGUUAAAUUUUUAAUACCGGAUGCAUUGAAAUUGUGCUUCCUGUGGUUUUAUUUAACAUUCAUAAGUUUGUUAGUAAUCCCCUUUAUAGUAGGGCCGGGCGAUAAAACGAUAACUAUAUAUCAAAAAUUAAUUUCCCACGAUAUAAAUAUAAAACAUAGUCAAUAUGCUUUUCAAAAGUUGGCAUUCUUCUAUGUUUUGGUAGACGAUACGAAUAGCCAAUGAAAAGGGGAGUUGCUCGGGGUCUGCUUCGCGCUGAACCAAUCAUGUGCUGAAUUAGAACCAAGUUGGAAACAACUGAGUAUUAGCAGGUUUAGCAGCUACAUGCAACCAUAGCACUCGAAGCUGACAGUUUAUUACAGCGUUGACAACAUUGGCACAAAAAUGUUGGUGGUUUGGAGGUAUUUUGUUUUUUUGAGGUCCAACAUGAAGCAGAGUAAUGUGCACUACAAAUUAUGUUGAGAACAUGUUCUUGUUAAGUUGGGGAAUACCUCAAACCUUUUACAUCACCCGAAGAAGUGCAGCGCGGCAGAGCACGCACAAUGCAAAAGGUUAUAAACCCCGAGCGGAGCAAGGAGCCCAUGGCGCCUGUGCAGCCGACCAUUUGGCUUUCUGUAGCGCAGUGCCUUACGACAAAACGUCUAAGAGACACCAAGUUCUUACAGAUGCAGUAGAUCAUUGUAUUGCAAAAUACAUGCUACCAAUGAGCGCUGUUGAAUUUCAUGUAAGAGUAACAGGGAACAUUUAAGAUUGACAAGUGAUUCUUUUAUAUCGUGAUACAUAUGGAUAUCGACUGAUAUGAAAAAAAUAUAUUGUCAUAAACUUUUUCCCAUAUCGCCCAGCCCUAUCAUCAAGUAGGAUCCAAACACAAGCAGUCACUGGAGAUGCACUCUGAUGUCAGCAGUAUUUAGAAGCUUUGAACAAAACUACGGGCCUUCCUUUGGCUCUUCCCUGCACUGAUGGCAAUUCAUUACUUUAAUUCUGAGGGCCCAGUAUACCCAACACCCAACCAGUCCAACGUCCCUGCCCUCAGACCUGUCCACCCCGGAUCAGACCACCCAGGACGCAUGUCAAUACCAGGUGUUAGCAGGCUUUCCAUGAGACCCAUCUAUUGGGCUCGUUACACUGAAGCCAGCAUUAAUAUACCAGUAGGGAAAAAAAAAAACACUUUUUGUUUUAUGUGUAAGAUUUUUAAGUUACUGCUCUUAAGGUCAAUAUGUGAGCUACGUCUCCUGGUGCAGAAUGCUUUCAUACGGGUGACAAACUGCCUCUGGUACAGUGAUGUGGUGUGUACUUGAACACCUCCAAAGAUAAACACAAAUAUUCAUCAAGGCAAAGCAACAAGGCACCUUAAAAUCCCAAACACUAAAUUUUAAAGUGAACAGGCUGUUUGUAGAUUAGAUGAGUUUUAGAGCAAUUGUGCAGACACUAAUUUUCAUCAACAGCUGAAUUAAAGUAACUUUGGUUGUAUUUUUAAAGCUGAAGUUAAAUUUGUUUGUUUUUUCUGUUAUGCGGGAAAGUUGUUGGUACAAGUUUAGCCCCUGAUGUAACAAGGUCAGUAGUUUUUUUUAAACUGUUUUUAAUCCGACUUCUGAAGCCAUGCAUCUGUUUGAAAAGAUUGUACUGUAUUGCUGGAGUCAUGUUCAAACAACUCAUGCAAAACUACUCUUUCUUUGUAAUUAUCAUGAUCUAUGCAACAGCGGACGAGUGUUUGGCUGACAGCUGAUGCUUUAACCCAAUAGAUGAUGCACGGUGUACAGUAUGCUGCUGUUAAGUAAUUGUUUUCUAGAGGGCUUCUAUGUGUUUUUCACAGUCAAAGUAGGUGCUAGUGUAAAAUAAUGAAAAGUAUUUUUGCAGAUAUUUUAUUAAGUAAUUGUAUGUUUUAUCAUGAAUGAGUGCAGAGUCUUCUGAAGGUUGUGAAAUGGGUGAAUCUGAUGGUUAAACAAUCAUAUCACUUGACUAAAAAAAAAAGAUUGUUGUCC